AUGCAAACCUUCUCAUCUGUUCUCCUUUUCCUUGGUUUUGCCAUUGCUGCCUCUACCCAAGAAGCAGCUGAGGCCCCAAAGAUCAACAAGCGCUUCAACGGCGGAUGGUGUGGCGUCCACGUCCAUACUUUCGACGGAGAGAACGCCAAGGGCUCCCACGAGAUGAACGUCUGGGUCUACGACGGCAAGCAGCAAUUGAUCUGGUCUAAGGAGAGCAUCUGGGGCGACGGACAGCUCAUGGCCGAGAGUGAAGGCCUCCCUCUGGUGCUUAACAUCAACACUCAUGGAUCUGGUGAUGAUGUUGCUACUUUCACAUAUGGCGACGAUGCUUGGGGAAGCGGAAAGUGGGAUUCCAACAAUGGCCGAUGCUCGGUUGGCAAGCAAGACAGUCCCAGCUUGACCUCCAGCACCGUCACUGUUGACCUUGACUGUGGAUUCUCUUGCUGA